CUCAGAGCAGCAUCGCCAGAAAAAGUUAGCCAUAACGGUAGUUGUUGAAGCGAUUAAAAGUUGAAACGCGAAGCAAAAUUAGUGACAGUGCUUCCCGAUGUAUUCCACCAUGGAAGAAACUAAAACGGACAUAAAAUCCAAGAUCUCGUUCAGUGUGGAAUCUUUACUUUCAACGAAAUCCUCGCCAGUGGUACAGGACAGGUUGGAAGACAAAUUCGAUGAGGAGAUAGACGACAGUAGGCUGGAUACGUCGAGCGAGCGGUUAGAUGAAGAAGAUGAUGACGAAAACAUCACUGUCGAUGACGAUGAUACCGACGGAAGGGAGAGUCUCAGUCCCAACUCUUCCCAUACCGUUGUGAUUCCUCAGCCUCUUCACCCUUCUAUGUCGAGAUUAAUGCCUGGAACGCAUCCCCAAUGGCCGUUUCAGUGGAUAGGACCGGGCGGGUUCCGAUCUUCUUCACCGCAAACAAAUCUCCAAACUCUAACCACAAAUGGCGGUCCUCCGAUAGUCAGAUGCGCUCUCAGGAAACACAAACCUAACCGCAAACCUAGGACCCCUUUCACCACUCAGCAAUUGUUGGCCCUCGAAAAGAAGUUCAGAGACAAGCAGUAUUUGAGCAUAGCGGAAAGAGCGGAAUUCUCUAAUUCCCUGAGACUGACCGAGACACAGGUGAAAAUCUGGUUCCAAAAUCGCAGAGCGAAAGCCAAGAGACUGCAGGAGGCCGAGUUGGAGAAACUCCGACUCUCAGCCAGACCCCUCCUGCCUCCUAGUUUCGGCCUUUUCCAUGGAGGAGCCCCCCUCAUGUCCCCCUUUCUGGCAGCGAUGGCCCACAGACCGCCCAAUUUCGCUUUUUCGGGGCACAUGCUGAACAUGCCGCAGUGACGGAAAAGCGAUGGUUAAUUUUUUCCCAAAUACGUACCUUUUCGUUAGAAGUUCCGUUCUUCUAUCGAUAUUUUAAUAUUAUGUUACUAGUGAUAUGUUGAGAUAAGGCCCUUGUGUAAAUAAAUCUGAUUUGAAAAAGUGCAAUGUAAAUGCUGGGCGUUUUUAUGAUUUCUUCUUGCAUAAGACUGACUAGAAAUUUCUUUUAGAUUUAUUUCUUUGUAAAGCUGUAAUUAUUAUGUUAAUUUGUUUAUUAAUGUGUACAAAUUUUUAUUUAAUUUCCAUGUAUAUUGUAUAUAGUGAAGAUAUCAAUAUUAAAUGUUGGUUUUUAUAA